AUGGGAUCGACCUCUUCUUCGUCACCUUCUGCACUUCCUGUGAUACGGGACUCGGAGAUAGUCGUAGGGUAUAGACGGUAUGACCCUCUUCGAGACAUAUCCAGCAUUAUGAGCCUUGUGGGCUCAGAGUUAAGCGAACCCUAUGUGAUCUACACUUACCGAUAUUUUUUGACAAGUUGGUACGUGCUCUAUCCAUUAAUCAUUACUUAUUCAAACCAAACUGCGCCAAAUGCCAACCUUAGCGGUCCUCCUCCACCUCCCCCUGAGCGUCAGAUAGGCGUGGUAGUUUCUAGACAAGACAUACACAAAAGCAAGAAGAACCGAGGGUAUAUCGCAAUGCUAAGUGUAGAUAAGGGAUUUCGCAAGCGAGGCAUAGGCAAGUCUACUAAACUAGUGACCAUGUCAAUAGAUGCGAUGAAAGCGAACUCAGCUCAAGAGGUUGUCCUUGAAACAGAAGUAGAUAAUGCGACGGCACUCUCUUUUUAUGAGCGUAUGGGAUUCAUGCGAGAGAAGCGGUUAUUCAGAUUCUACAUGAAUGGGAAGGAUGCCUUUCGGCUCGUAUUGCCCCUUGAAUCCGAAGACCCUAGCGGCACGCAGCAAUCCUCGCACUUGUCACAUAUUGACUCGUCGUCUGUUCCUCCAGGACCAGAGUCGCCACCUACACUCGCACUUACCGACGCCGUGGGACCCGACGACUCGGAAAUUAGACCGUGACACCAAGACUUCUCGCCCUACCAAACUUGGAACAGCCUGAUCCAUCUAGGCCUGGGUCAACCCCAACGCCCAUGCCUCGGCUUCCCGUGGAAAAGUUGAGGGGAUUGAUGUCAGUACUGGAACCGUUGAGGAUGGAUUGCGAGUAAGUGUUGGAGGGAGUGGAUUGACGUGUGUGUGGCUUUGGAUACCGUCAGAGUCGCCGAAUGACGACCAACGAUCCUGAUAGUUUUUGGUUGGUGUUAGAUAAUG